AUGAGUGCUGCAAAGAUUGAAGAGGCCUCUAUAGGCAUGCUGAAGACAGACCUCACAGAGUCUCAUGCUGCAGACUGCCUUCAGGAGGGAGAAACGGGUAAAAAACUAAAAGCAAAAUUUCUCAAAAUUGUCUCCCCUGAGUUUCAUGUUAAGCUUUACUGCUGCUAUGGAGUGAUCAUGGUCCUCACUGCAGCUGUAGUUGUUCUUUCUGCUGCUUUGUCAGUGAGAAAUAAAAAUGCAAUCAUGGAGAGCUGUGAACCUUGCUAUGCCGCAUGCCCAAGUGGCUGGAUUGGAUUUGGAAGAAAAUGCUUUUAUUUUUCUGAAGACAUUGGAAACUGGACAUUCAGCCAGUUCUCCUGCAUGGCACUAGAUGCCCAUCUAGCUCUGUUUGACAGCCUGGAGGAGCUGAAUUUUCUGAAGAGAUACAACGGGCCUUCUGACCACUGGAUUGGCCUGCACAGAGAGUCAUCAGAGCAUCCUUGGAUAUGGACAGACAACACUGAGUAUAAUAACUUGGUUCUCACCCGAGGAGGAGGAGAAUGUGCCUACCUGAGUGACAGGGGCAUCCGCAGCAGCAGGGGAUACACACAUAAGAAAUGGAUCUGUAACAAGCCCAAUACCUUACACUGCCCAGUAAUUGUAAAGCCAGGGUAG